ACACAGCUACCAUGAUCGUUAAUAAAAGCGCAUAUGUUGUCACGCGGUGCAUUGAUAUCAAAUCAAAGUAAUCUCGGUACGCUUCAAGAUGCACGAGCGAUUGCUGUUCACCGAGGUUUACGGGAACGAGAAAGAGCGAUUCAUUGUCAAAUCAAAAGAUGAGCAAUCGAUAACCGAACUGUUAUCAGACACAACUAGAACGAAGCCUUUUUAUUCUGGUUUUCUAUCGAUUGUGAAAGAGGUAUUUUUACCUCAAGGAUAUCCCGACAGCGUUCACCCUGAUUAUACUGCUUAUCAGAUAUGGGACACUGUACAGGCAUUUGCAAGCACCAUCAUGGGUACUCUUACAACACAUUCCAUUAUGCAGGGGGUAGGUGUAGGCGAAGCUGCAGCAACCCCUUUGGCAGCAGCAAUAACAUGGGUCCUCAAAGAUGGAACUGGAAUGAUUGGUCGUAUUAUAUUCGCAUGGUGGAAUGGGACAGACUUGGAUGGACAGUGCAAGAAAUGGAGACUGUUUGCUGACAUUCUGAAUGAUUUAGCAAUGGGAUUAGAAUUACUCUUACCUUAUUUCUCCUCUUAUUCGCUUGCAAUAUUGUGCAUUUCAACAGCAAUGAAAUCAGUUGUUGGUGUUGCUGGUGGGGCCACAAGAGCAGCACUCACACAACAUCAGGCAUUACAAAAUAAUUUAGCAGAUGUAUCAGCCAAAGAUGGAAGUCAAGAGACAUGUGUAAAUUUAAUAGCAUCUUUAGUUGGUAUUUUAAUACUUUCCAUCUUUCAUAGCAGCUGGUAUGCAAUGGAACUCUAUUUCUUCCUGGUAAUAGUACAUUUAUACGCGAAUUAUUCGGCUGUGAAAUCGCUGUGUUUAAAUUCGUUAAACGAAGAUCGUUUAGCUUUAAUAGUAAAGGGUUAUAUUACGAACGAAGUCAUUCCCAAGCCUGAAGAUGUUAAUAAUAAGGAGUCAGUGUUCUUGCUCACAAAACCUACAAUGAGUAUAUGCGGGUUUAAUAUAAAAAUGGGAGUCUCCCUUGCUGGUCUUAUAAAAAAUAAUAUAAUUUCGACGAGCGAUACCGAACUAUCGUUAAAACUUUUCUUAGAUAGAAAAUACUUGAUUGCUAUUGAUGUACAGAAUAAAACUAUUUUUAUAUGUUUUAAAAAAGAUGCGCAACCCUGUGAUGUUUUGGAAGCAUAUUUUCAUGCUUGUCUUUGUGGCUUAUUUAUUUGUAUGUCACUGAAAGUGCCACUCGAUCUUUUCUUAAAACCGGAAGUAAGCGAUAUGUCUUACCCUUUAAUGCGGCUUUACGUACUUAACAAAAAGUAUUCGACGGAAAAUAAUGGUAUGCAUUCGUCGAAAUCCAUAGAGAGUAUAUACGCUACGAACUUGUUAAUUUCUUGUGAAUACAAAGCAUUUAUUAGUGGCCUUGAAAGUAAAGGAUGGAUGACAGAAAGUAAUCUGUUACCAGUAGCAGGCUGGAGAUUUUUAUAAAAAUCGAAAAAAAUGGUAAAAGCAAAAGCAUAAACAUUAAAUAUUAAAUAAUUGUUGCUCUUUCCUCGAUAUUAUUUAUCUUGAUAAAAUUUUAUAAUUCAAAUGAUUUUAUUUGCAUAUCUUGUAAUUAUCUGUUGGCAAUGAGAUAAAAUGAUCUAUAAAUA